AUGCGACUGUUCCCCGCGUUCGGGGGCGUCUGCGUCUCUCGUCCUGGUUUGGAAGGAAGAGACGCGUCCCUUAGGACGUGGCGGAUGGUGCCCUGUGGCUCUGUGCACGCGGACUUGAGGGCUGGGACGGGGGACUCCUGUCCCGUGCGCUGCGGGAGGCAAUGCGUGCAGCCCACACGCCUGCUGGACCAUGCUGUGUUUGGGAUGGGGCACGAGUUUGGGCUUCCAAAAUCGGUCUCGGCUAUCAAAGUGAGCUGCGUUGGAUCCUGUGGGGUGUCUAACAAGAUCAAUGACACAGCAUGGACCGUGGAGGAGCAGUAUUUUAACAGCACGCUGUCUCUGGCAGACAAAGGGGUCCUGACAGCUGGAGAGCACACCUUUCCCUUCCAGUUCCUGCUGCCAGCUUCUGCUCCUACAUCAUUUGAAGGCCCUUUUGGCAAGGUCCUCCAUCAGGUGAAAGCUGUGAUAGACACACCUCGCUUCUCCAAGGACUACAAGUGUAACAAGAUCUUCUAUGUUCUCUGCCCACUUAACUUGAAUGACAUCCCUGAUAUUGAGCAGCCCAACACUAUGUCAGUCACAAAGAAGUUCAACUACAAGCUUGUGAAAAGUGGCAACGUUAUCUUGACUGCCACCUCAGAUCUCAAAGGGUACAUCGUGGGGCAAGCAAUCCAGCUUCGCACGGAUAUAGAGAACAAAUCAGGCCGGGACACUGGGGCUGUGGUGGCCAGUCUGCUCCAGAAAGUGGCUUAUAAAUCCAAGCGCUGGAUUUAUGACUUGAGGACCAUUGCAGAGGUGGAAGGCUCAGGAGUGAAAGCCUGGAAACAUGCAGAAUGGAGGGAGCAGAUUCUUGUUCCGGCAUUGCCCCAGUCCAUUCUGCAGGGCUGUAGUCUCAUACAUAUUGACUACUACAUCCAAGUUUCUCUGAAGUCGCCGGAGGUUUCAGUUACUCUCCCCAUUUACAUCGGUAACAUUGCUGUGAACAGGGUCCCUCUGAGCCCCUCCCAGUCAGUCCUGCACAUACCGUCUGCAGUGGUACCCAGUGCCCCCCCGGAGGAGGAGGAGGCUGCCAGCGGUUAUCACCCGAUGGACAAUGUUUCGAUCCCCACCAAAAGCCAUUCCCAGCAGCAGCCGUUUAGCUAUGCCCCGGGACUGAGCUUCCAGGAAAUAAGGCUGGACUCGGAGCAGACAGGCUCCCCAAACCAUCCCACGCUCUGCCUGUCAACGGGAGCCACUGUCCCUUAUUAUGCUGAGGGGAACGUGGUGCCUGUUUCCACAGCCAGCUCGCUCAUUUUGCCUCCAGAGUACAGCACGUGGGGCUACCCAUACGAGGCACCUCCAUCCUAUGAACAGAGCUGCAGCAGUGCCAACUCCAGCAUCAGCAAUGGCAACUAGCCUCCCCUGCUUCGAGUCCCGUUGGUGCCGCCCACGCCCAGGCACCAUGGGUCACCUGCCGGCUGCAAAGUCUGGUACAGCACAAGGCGUCUUUUUAUCUCUGUGGCUGCUUGGCAGGGUACAUGGUGCAUCCCUGCAUCCCAACUUGGGCUUUUUAAGUCUCUUUCUUGGGAGGGAAAAAAAAAAA